CAGUCAUUCACUGUCACUCUCAUUUUUAGACAUUUCACAAAAAAUCGCAGUUUGUCAUCAACGAAGACCGUAUUGGAAUUUAAAAAAUGGCGACCGAAGUAGAAGACACAAUCAAGCGAAUCCAAGCCCAUAAAGGUGUUAUGGGUGUCAUCAUCGUGAAUCACGAAGGUAUUCCUAUCAAAAGCUCUUUGGACAAUGCUACAUCUGUAUUAUACUCCGGACUAAUUGGUCAACUCACUGAAAAGGCCAAGAAUGUUGUGCGUGAAAUGGACACAACAAAUGAACUUACAUUUCUUCGCGUGAGGAGUAGGAGACACGAGAUCUUGAUUGCACCGGAUCGUGAAUUCAUACUCAUAGUCAUUCAAAACACUUCUGACUAGCUUCACAAUGAAAAAGACUAGCACAUAUUUAAAUUAAGGGGCCUUGAAACCAUACCACUAAUCUUGGAGCUGUAUUACAUAUUCUCAAUAAAAAGCAAGAAAAGUAAUUCUGCAUGAAAGUAUGAUGGCAAAGUACUAAAAUACACUUAACAUAAUACAGCCGCAAGAUAAAAUAUAAAAAUUAUCACACUAUUCCCACAUUAUAUUUAGACUAUAAUAAAAAAAAAACAUUAUUACACUGUGGUUGGUUUGGCCUCUUUGAAAAAAGAAUAUUGCACUAGCUCAAGGAGUGUCACUAAAUAAGAAUCAAUUUAAUUUUAAAAGCUUUCAUUAUUAUUUUUAGAAAUAAUUAAUUUAUUACUAACAAGAGCAUUCCUAAAGUGCCAUUUGUGCAAUUUCUUUGUUAAAUUGGCAAAAUAUGUAUGGCUAAGAGCUAUUGAAGUGACUAGACCCUGUUUUGCAUAGCAAAGUAUGAAUAAAGUUUGUGCCAAGCAACAAGGGCAAUUGGAUUUCAGAUUGGCAGUUCAAAACGUUGACAGACUUGAAGAAUUAAAAUAAUAAUACUUACUAGUUUUUAAGUUGCAAUUAUUUUUACUAGUGAUAGGGAUAAUUUUUUUUUACAAAAAUAGUCUUGUUUUUUAAUUCGUUUUGAGUUCGAUACUUCAUUAUUUUCUUGAAACUUUUGUGAUUUUAUUUUAUUCAUGUAUUGUAAGAACACUAAUAAAUAUUUAUACACAUGA